CAAAAGGCACCUGCGAUGGCAUCACUAAUAGUACGGCGGUGGACGGGUCGACGGGCGCUCUCCGAGUGGACACAUACGCAGUUGUUUCUACACAUUUCCCCAUGUGGAGACUGGUGGACCGGAAGCAACAUGUACGCUGCCAAGCACCUUUCGUCUGACUACGUCAAGUCUAUCGCCCUUCCCGACGGUUUCGACGAAGUGACGUUGGAAACCCUUCCAAACGCUUCCCUCCAGCGCAUGUACGAUACAGGGGUGCUGGAUGCCACACUCGUUCGAUCUCGUUUGAAGCCUCUGGGCGAUGGCGCCAACGAGCGUCAUGAGUCGUAGGCUGUUGUAGACAUCCAACGCGUGCAUACAAAAGUCUGUCUUGAAGCAUGUCUCCAUAUCAAUCUCCAACACCGAACUCCUUCA